AUGAAGUCAAAAGAAGAAUACGACAGGGCAACCAUCGAAAAUAUCAAAAGCUUUGGUGGUGAAGGUGACGAUGACGAUAUCAUAGAUAGUGAACUAUCUAACAAUAAUAUCAACACUGCUCGUACAGCUCGUGAUCUCGAGUUUUACAAACAGCUGCUCUCCUAUUGCUACCAACGUAGACUCGUCGACUUGGCAGAGCUCAUCGAGACAAAGAUGGAGAAGGAAAAGAUCUAUCCAGACCUCGAGAUAUUCAACUCGAAACUAAAGAUGUCUGCACAACUCGGUCACAUUCUCUCGAGCAACGUACUGGAGCAACACUCGCUCAGUCGUGUCAAACCCAACGGUCACACAUUCCUCGCUCUCCUCUACAGUUCACUAGUCAAAUUCGAAGAGCUAGCAGAGUCACGUCAUCUUAUGAAAAGCCUGCAGCAGGAAAUGAAGCAGUACAGAGAUCAACGUCCAAUGAAUCAUGCAAUCCUAGCGUAUUCACUUGCCUACUAUUCACACCCUUCUCAGGCUAUCAUCAAAGUACUAGACGAUCUCAACACCAAUGAAUUCACACCGGCCAUACUUGAUCUCAUCGUCUAUGGAUAUUCACUUAACAACAACAAACAUAGAAAAUCAUUAUUGAAAAACAAAUCACAACAGAAAGAUAAUAUCAUCGAUAAUAAUGGACAAGCAUCAAAUAACAAUAUAAAUAGAUUUAAAGAAUUAAGAAAAAUAAUAGAAUAUAUAAAUAACAGAUUCAACAUUAAGCCAGACAACGAUAGUUUGCAAUAUAUUAAAGAGCAAAUUAAGCAUUCUACACUUCCCAAAAAGUCAAAAACAUCUUUGAUUAAUAAAUUUUAA